GCCGUAAGUUSAGAGAGCCAGAAUCGUAAAACAGACGGCCGUCGGUCGCCGCUGAAUGCGGAGCGGAAACCUUGGCCGUUUGCAUACGCCCGCCCCGCUGUCGGUGGCCUCCGAGACGGUGACAGCUGCGCUCUUGCGGCCGCGCGAGGAGCGAAGAAAGCUAUAUUAAAAUGAGCCUCUUGCAGGCGCUGCGUSUCCGCCCCUGAAACCUACGGCCCGUGCCGCGCACGCGCAGCCGCGGGGGAAAGGGACUGAGCGGCCGGUGCCGUAAAGCGCGGAACAUGUCGGGGCGGGCGGGACCCGCGGCGCCGCCGGUGUUCGAGAAGCGGGUCCUGGUGACGGGCGGUGCCGGCUUCAUYGCCUCACAUGUAGUCCUCUCUCUUGUGAAAAACUAUCCAAACUAUCUGAUUAUAAAUCUGGAUAAGCUCGACUACUGUGCAAGCUUGAAGAAUCUUGAAACGGUCUCUGGGAAGGAGAACUACAAGUUUAUCCAGGGAGAUAUUUGUGAACCUGCUUUUAUAAAGCAGCUCUUUGAAACUGAGAAGAUAGAUAUAGUCCUUCAUUUUGCAGCCCAAACACAUGUAGAUCUUUCUUUUUGGCAWGCCCUGGAAUUCACGUACGUGAAUGUUUAUGGUACCAAUGUGCUGGUUGCUGCUGCACAUGAAGCCAAUGUGGAGAAGUUUGUCUAUGUUAGUACAGAUGAAGUAUAUGGAGGUAGUACUGAUGAGGAAUUUGAUGAAUCCUCACCAAAACGGCCGACAAAUCCCUAUGCCUCCUCUAAGGCAGCUGCAGAGUGUUUUGUUCAGUCUUACUGGGAAAGAUACCAAUUUCCAGUUGUCAUCACACGGAGCAGUAAUGUUUAUGGACCACACCAGUAUCCAGAAAAAGUUAUUCCAAAGUUUAUAUCUUUGUUGCAACAGAACAGAAAAUGCUGCAUUCAUGGUUCUGGACUUCAGAGAAGGAAUUUCCUUUAUGCAACUGAUGUGGUAGAAGCAUUUCUUACUGUCCUGAAGGAGGGGAAACCAGGUGAAAUUUAUAACAUUGGAACUAACUUUGAGAUGUCCAUUACCCAGCUUGCUAAGGAGCUAAUCCAUUUAAUAAAGAAGACCAGUUCAGAGUCUGAAAUGGAGCACUGGAUGGAUUAUGUCAAAGACAGGCCUACAAAUGACCUGAGAUAUCCAAUGAAUUCAGAAAAAAUGCACAGUUUAGGAUGGAGACCUAAAGUGCCUUGGAAGGAAGGAAUAACAAAAACAAUUGAAUGGUACAGAGAAAAUUUUCACAACUGGAAAAACUCGGAGAAAGCUUUGGAGCCCUUUCCUGUGACAGAGCCAUUUGCCCAGCUUAGUGAUCCAUAGGGUAGCACAGAACCUGAAGGAGUUUUUUCUACCUCAUAUGGUCUUUUCUUCAAAGCCUGCAAUCAAGUGGCCGCACUGGACUCUUAAUUAUUCAAGAUCCAUGAACCAUGAUGAGUGAAGAACCACAGUAUGGCACAUCUUUGGAUUGGUUUCAGCACUUUAUAAGUUGAACCUCUUAAUUUCAAUUUUUGGUGCAAUACUCUGUUGUCACUAGGUAUUGAUUUUAAAAAACUGUAUGGAGUAAAGAGUAUUUAUAAUGUUAUAAAUUAGUGUAACUGAAGUAAAAUCUGCCUUAUGUAGAAUAAUUAAUUGUGAUUACAGCUUUUGGGACUUGGAGUUAUAUUUCGUUUAGUUCUGGAAUUAUUCAUCUGUUUGUUUUUACAGUGUAAUGUAUAUAACCUUUUGUCACUUUAAAGAGUUCGGUUCUAUUUUUAAUUAAGGGGAGAAAUUUUAUAUUUUUUGGAGACUAUCAAUUUGUUGACAAAAGCUGGAUACAGCACCUGUAUGAUUCCGUCCAUUUCUCUGCUGGUGCACUAUUAGCUUUUGUAGAUGACUGAUUAAACUUAUCUAUGACUUUAAAUGCCCCUUUUUAACAAGGGGGAAAGGUGUCAAGAUGUAGCACGUAUUCUCACUGAGAUUUCCUUAAGCAUUUCCUUAAACUUUGUCCUCUUUUUACUGUAUCGCUGUCUAUUACAUGUUAAUUCCCUUUUCUUAACUGUAACAAACUUGAAAUACUGGAAMACAGUUAACAUUCCAAUGAUCUUAUUUCCUGUGAUAUGAAGGCUGCUUACAGRGAAAAUUUUUUCAAAUGUUUCUUUUUCUGUGAACUGUGGGUUGGCAGACCUUAAUCAAUGCAGUGUUUCACAAUUUUUUUUCUGUAAUAAACAUUUUAAAGAUGAAGCAAUAUUUGAGUUUCAAUAUAAAAUUUGAGGGAAAACCUUCAGUUCUAGAAAUAUGUCAAUGAAUCUUGUUCAAAGUUGAUUUAGUAAUAAAUAUGGUGUAACUUGUUUCUCUUAGUUAAGAAAAACAUGCUGAGAAAGUAGAU